ACCUGCAUUUUUUUUCCCUCAAAAAUGACUUAAAUGCGGUUGCCUGGUAACUGGCAGUAGCGCUGACGAUCCUAUCGCUCUGAGUGAAUGAAUAAAGGUUACAGCUUAAAUUUCCUCUUUUUACUUUAUUCUUCUUAUUAUUAUUUGUUUUACAUUUUUGACAUGCUGUAUCUGUAAUAUCCGACACUGUAUCAGUUCUUUUUUUUUUGUUAUGGUAAAAUAUUGAUAAAGCUCUACACGAACGUUUCUAGCAGUAGCACAGGUGCUUGGGCCCGAUCAUCGCUGCUUGCAACUGUAUAUAUAUAUUCUAUCUUAAAAUAGCGAUAAUUCUCUCUACUUGCUAACUAGGAUAACUUUCAUUCGCGUGCCCCCGUUGAGGGUUGGCCACAGCGGACCAGUCGAUCCGCACCAGACUCAGCACAGGUUUUACACUAACUAGUUAGCUAACUAGGCUAAUUACCCACCUCAAUGUCCAUUACUUUAUUCUCCUUUAUAUCAUAAAAAAUAAAUAUAAAGCUUGUGUUUUUUUUGUAUAAACUAAUUAACUAAGUUAACUAUUACCAAUUAAAUUAUUAAAUCGCUAAUUAACAAAACGUUAGUAUUUAUGUAUGUAUUUAUUUAUUUAUUUAGCAAUUUAUCUUUAUUAAGGUAUUCAGGGAAAAUUAGCUGCCUUAGCUACUAGCUCAACUUAUCUUAGCUACAGCUGCAGCUACAGCAGGAUAAUGAACUAUUACUAAUUAACAUUAUCUAAAUAUAAAUAAGAAAUGGCUGAUCUUAAAUGAAGAAACCUGUUGUUAAUCAACGUGUCUGAUUCCAACCACACUGCUUUAAAAAAUUACCUCAGAAAUAGGAGCAUUAGCAGCGAAGCGAAUUUUGUAGCCUGACAACAGCUCACUGUGUGUGUAUGUAAUUCUACGCUACAAUACAUCAUUAGCAAUACGUCCCCCAAAACGUUUUUUUCCAAGCGGGAAGGUGCGAGGACUUGAUGAGCGUACGAUUACGAACUGUCUUGUUGCUGCCGUUGCUCCUCACAGUCGCGCUCUUUGUAGCCGGGACAAUGGGUUGUCUCCAGAGUGUGACAUGUAAGCCGCGCGUGCGGCGCGAGAACGUUGUGGUGUACGAGGUGUCUGCGUCGAUCGACCGGAGCCCCACGGUGGUGGAGGAGAACUCACCCAUUGUGCUGCGCUAUCGGACGCCCUACUUUCGCGCCUCCGCUGGGGUCGUCAUGCCACCCGUGCCCAGGAACGAGACGUGGACGGUGGGCUGGAUUCAGGCAUGUACGCAAAUGGAGUUCUACAACACGUACGGGGACGCCGGGGUGUCGAGCUGGGAGCUGCCUGAGCUGCGUGAGGGCAGAGUGAAGGCCAUCAGCGACUCAGACGGCGUCAGCUACCCAUGGUACGGCAACACUACAGAAACGGUGACCAUCACGGGUCCGACGUCCAAGCCAUCACGACUCACCAUCAGCAUGAACGACAACUUCUACCCGAGCGUGACGUGGGCGGUGCCAGUAGGCGAGAGCAGUGCCCCGGCGCUCACCCGCGUCACACGUGACCAGAGCUUCAUCACGUGGUUAGUAGCGCUGAACAAUGUGACUCGUGAGAAGAUCCUGCUGCAGACCAUACGGUGGCGGAUGCGGGUCGACAUCGCUAUCAAUCCCAUGAUGCCGCUGGGUUCACGAGCCACUCUGGUCAGCCGGACGCAACAGGAACAGCCGCUUAUCCUGUCCAACAACGAGCCUAUUCCGCCAAACGCACUGGCGCGACCCAACGCCAACGACGCGCAGGUGUUAAUGUGGAGGCCACGGAGGGGGCCGCCGCUAGUCGUCAUCCCCUCCAAAUAGGGCAGCUAGUCACAUCUGGAGCGCAGUGCGAUGUGGAAAAAUCACCUCUGUUAGUGUCCCGUGCAGGGGAAAUCGGGUCGGUGGACGGCUUUACAAACCCGUGUCUGCACGCAAGCAAUGCAUCAUGGGAAACGAAAUCACGGGUUAGCUCAGUGACGCUCUGGCGGCAAAUCCGGUGACUAGAGUGCCUCUGUGCAGGACGAUUAGCGCCCAGGUCACGAUCGGCGAUUGAUACGGAUGCGGCCUGCGUCGUGUCUGAGCGGAGUCAUGUGACCCGACACAGGCGACAUGACUCUGAACGAGGAGCUUCAUUUAGUGUGAUGAGCUUCAGAUUUUUACACUGCUUAACGGGACGCUAGCAGAGACGCUUAGCUAGCAGACACCAUACACGAGGUGUAGCAUGAUUAGCGAUGUCUCACACACACAGACACACACACAGACAAAAACAGAAAGCCAGUAGGAGUGCGAUUUAUGCUCCUGCCUGAUCUGGAACGAGUUUCUCCUCACUCCUCCUCACUCAGGUGCUGCACAGUGGGCAGUUUCCAUAUAAGCACACACACUCCAUCUGUCCUCCGUCCCCUCCUGCACCACCCCCCCUCCCUCCCCGUCUGUCCUCCGUCCUGUCCCAUCCUCUUCUCUCACAGCGAUAAUUUUCAAUCUAUUCAAACCAAGCCAAUAUCUGCUACUCACCUCUUAAACACACACACACACACACACACACAAAUGAAGCGAAUGGGGAAGUAAAUGGUUCUUCUCGACGAAAUGAAGUUGCCUUCAGAUGUUAGUCUGCAUGUGUUUAGAUUCUCCAUCAGUCUGUGUUUCUAUCUCUCUAAUUAUUCUCUCAGUUUAGUUCCUCACCCUUUAACUGUUUUAAGCCUACAAAGUAAUCAUGUGACCAAGGUGAUCACGUGACUAGAGGUCUUUCUCUUUCACACACACACACACACAGAGCUUUGUAAUUAAAACCAGGACGUUUUUUUCACCAGCAGCAUAUUUUAACGUCACAACUGAUGAUGUUUUUCUUAGAGGAAAAUGAAACUAGUUUCAAAAAAUGUAAAAAAAACAAUAAUAAUAAUAAUAAUAAUAAUAAUUAUGCUCCUGCAGAAAAGGAAUGAAGGACGCUUGUUAAAGGUCGACACCCAACGGCUCUGCAGCUGAUUUCACUUUGACUGUUGCUUCUUCGUAUCCAUCUGAAGUCUAUGCAAUGGCUACACACAUGCUAGCUAACCGUGGAGAGGAAGAAGAAGACGACGACAGAGACGGAGACGCGUCUCUGAGCGUGGAGGAACGUUCUGGAAGCGACGGCAGAUAGUCUGGUUUUCUUGCAUGCCAAAUUUGGAAACAAAACCGUGCUGUGUUUCUGUCGUUUCUGUCGAAGGGCUCUGAGCUCUUCGGGGUUCAG